AUGGGUGCGCUUCUAUCCCUCCCGCUGCUGGCAAUCCCCAGCAUGGGUACCCUCCUCACAUUCGGCGCGUCCUGCUGCGGCGCAACGACAUGCUCCGCUCUGUGCAGCGCGACCGGCAAAUGCUCUUCUUCCAUCGCCACACGAAUCGCCUACGCCUUCAUCCUCCUCCUCAACUCGCUCCUCUCAUGGGUCCUCCUCACCCCAUGGGCCGUCCACAAACUCCAGGGCAUCCUCCUCGACUACGUCACCAUCAACUGCGCCGGUCACGACUGCUUUGGCUUCGCAGCAGUCCACCGUAUCAACUUCGCGCUCGGCCUCUUCCAUUUCGUCCUGGCCAUGCUCCUCCUCGGCGUCACAUCCUCCAAAGACAAGCGAGCAUCCAUUCAAAACGGAUGGUGGGGCCCCAAGAUUCUCGUCUGGCUGGGCUUGAUCGUCCUCAGCUUCCUCAUCCCCAAUCGAUUCUUCGAGGUAUGGGGCAACUAUGUCGCAUUAGCCGGCGCCAUUCUCUUCCUCUUGUUAGGAUUGGUCCUGUUGGUGGACUUGGCCCACACUUUUGCCGAAUACUGCAUUGAGAAGAUUGAAGACACAGACUCGGGGAUGUGGAGGGGGAUCCUCAUUGGAAGCACGCUGGGAAUGUACUUGGGAAGCAUCGCCUUGACAAUCGUCAUGUACAUCUUCUUCGCGGGAAGUGGCUGCAGCAUGAACCAGGCCGCCAUUACCGUCAACCUGGUCUUCCUCCUCGGCAUCUCCGUUCUAUCCAUCCAUCCAGCGAUCCAAGCAUCCAACCCAAGAGCAGGUCUCGCACAAGCUGCUACAGUCUCCAUCUACUGCACAUAUCUCACAAUGUCAGCCGUAGCCAUGGAGCCUGACGACAAGAACUGCAAUCCGCUCGUUCGCGCUACCCCCACCCGGACCGCGACCAUUGUCCUCGGAGCGGUCGUGACCUUCCUCACUGUAGCUUACACCACCACUCGCGCAGCUACCUACGGCCUGGCACUUGGCAGUGGCAAAGCUGGUGGAUAUGUCAGUCUUGAUGCUGAUGAUGAGGCUGGCGGCCAUGGACUCGUCGACACCCAACCUGAGAGUCGCAGAGAAAUGCGUGCCGAGGCUCUCCGACGAGCGGUGGAGAGUGGCGCACUUCCAGCUUCUGCCUUGGAUGACAGCGAUGAUGAGGAUGACGAUGAGAGUGCGGGCAAGCACAAGAACGAUGAUGAGAAGCAACGGACGCAGUACAACUAUUCAUUGUAUCACGUCAUUUUCAUGCUAGCGACGGCCUGGGUAGCAACACUCCUGACACAGAACAUUGGCGGCGACCGUGACCUUCAACAAGGGGACUUCAUUCCUGUUGGAAGGACAUACUGGGCCAGUUGGGUGAAGAUUGUAUGCGCAUGGGUGUGCUAUGGCAUCUUUGGCUGGACGCUCGCUGCGCCGGUUAUGAUGCCCGAUCGAUUUGAGUAUUGA